GUUUUGCGCACGCGCAGCAGUUUUGAAUCCUCCUCCGCCUCUGCUGUUUAUUUAGGGCCGAGUCUGCGGUGCGGAUCCGGCGGCUCCUGGGCCGCCUCCGGCCGCGGUUUACCUCUCGGCCUGCGGGGUUUAGUUUUUUUCGACCCUCCUGGAACCUUGGCCUGCGGGGGCUUCCCUCUCAGGCCUCAGUCGGGCAUCGUGGGCUGGAAACAUGGCCUCCUUCCAUCUGGAUCAUCUAAAAAAUUACCACAGAAGAUUUUGCCGGCCUUCCAGAGUGCCCAUCAUUCAAGCAAAGCAAGGCCAGAAUGUGCUGGAUAUCUUACAAGACUGUUUUGAAGAACAAAAUUCUACAGAGUCCUUGCGUUGUUCCACACCUAAAGUGAAAGAUAAUCAUAAUCAAUCAGCAGGCAAAGAGUGCCAGGCAUCACGUUCAAAAUCAGUUCCGGGUUCUUCAAGGAGCAAAGAAGCUUUUCUGCAAGUUGCUGCAGAACUGAGUGAAGCUGCUCAUGGAUCAGUUCAGGCUAAUGAAGUUCAUCAGAAAAUUCCGGCUAAAAGUACAGCGGACUCAAACAACAUGUCAAGUAAAAAAACAAAUGGUCACCACAGUGCCACCAAUGAUGACUUUGUCUUAUCUGGUGGCUCCCCUGUGGUUCCUUUGGGUGCAAAAACGUCUAAAUUGCAGAAUGUUAUUUCAUCUCUUGGCCAAAAAAGAGUGGCUUCCGUCUUAAGAAAUUCAGGAGAUACAAAAUCUUCAAAUACAGACAUUUCUCUUAAAACCAGGAAGAGGUUAAACUUUGAAGAUAAAAGUAUUUUGAACAAAGCAGAAAUAGAGAACAAUGUAGUAGAAGAAGACAGCACAUCAGAAGUACAAGAAGGGAUAGCAUCAGAAACAUCUCAGAGAAGAGGACAAGAUUUGAGCUGUGAAAUCCAACCACGAUCUAAGAAGAGUUUUUCAGCAUUGUAUUUAGAAACUGUCAAGAGGAAAAGUGAAUCUAGUUCCAUUGUUAGACAUACAACAACAGUUCGACCUCUUUCAUCUCCUGCAAAUGACAUGAAAUUAUUAGAAGAUGAAUUUAUUAUUGAUGAGUCAGAUAGAAGUUUUGCAAGUCAACCUUGGGUGACAAUACCAAGAAAAGGCAGACAUCUGAGACACCACUCGCCAACUCCUGGAAACAUUGUAACUGCUAAAGAUAAGAAGUCAAGAGAAAAACCUGACAGUGUGUCAGCUGAGACUUUGAUAAGUGGUUCACAGUCUCAUAAGGCUCCCCCAAUAGAGAAAUCUCAGCCUUCUGUUGAAAACCUCCUGGGGACUCGUUGUACAGAUGAACUGGAAAAUGACUGUAGAUCUACAGAAAAUAAAAUGCGUUCUGAGAAUGCCAAAAAACCAUCUGGAAGCAAAAGGACUGUAAGACAGCAGCAGAGAAGAGCAUCGAAGCCUACAGUAGUUGAAGAGCAGCUUAAUGUGCAACAGGGUAAAAAGGGGAAGAGGAACAUGUCAAACAUUGGCCAGGACAAGUCACAUGUAAAUUCAAAGAGAAAUAUGGAAGGCUGUGAAGAGGGGAGAAAUGAGCCUGUUCCCAAGAAACAGAUGCUGCCUGUUGAAAACAAGAAAAAAAAGCAUAGCACCCAAAAAGAUGAGGAAAAAUCCAGAGAGAAAUGUUUUUCUGGUGGGUCUAAGGACAAAUGUGUGCCUGACGAAGUAUCUGUGAGUGUCAGGAGAAGUUGUAGAAUUUCUCACCAUCCAUCUGAGUGGUGGCUGGUAAAACCAGAGGAAGGUUCUGUUAAUAGAAGUUCUUCAAGAGAAAAUGAAUCGUCAGGGGUGUAUCACAAUAGAAGAAAACGGGCUAAGAAAAAUCAAUUACCUGAGAAUCCUGGCAAAAAACCUUUUCCAUCAAAAAGACAGAAGACAAAGGGCAGCUCGAGAGCACAGAAGUCUUCAAACGUUAAGGGUUCUAGAGGAAGUGUUAGUCAUGAUGAAAUCUCUGGUUCCCAGAGUGAGCCAUUGGAAAACAACGAGGCAGACCCAACUCAGACGAAAAGUCUGGAUAUUUCUGGACCUACACGAGGCUCUAAGUAUCAAAACAGUAUUAUGACUUCACAAAAUGUUCAUUUAAAGUCUCAUACUGGGAAAUAUACAAGUAAGACACCAAUAGAGUCUAACUGGGAUUCAGGCGAGCCUAAAAAUUCGAUUUGGGAAGAAAGUGGACCUUCCAGGUUCAAGGAUCAUUUAAUGUCUGGAAGCAAUAAUUCUGACGUGGGUGAUGAAAAGGACCAGGAGAGUUUGGAUUUAAGAAAAAGUUCUAAUGUGCCACCAGAUAGGAAUAUACAUCACAAAUUCGUACUGCCCUCCAACUCACCAAAUGUUCGUAGAACAAAGAGAAUACGUUUGAAACCUCUGGAAUAUUGGCGAGGGGAACGGAUAGAUUAUCAAGAAAGGCCAUCAGGAAGACUUGUCAUUGGAAUAGUAUCCCCACCUCCAGUAUCACCCAGAAGAACGUCGAAAAGAAACCUGGCCAAAGUCAACAAAAAAGCUAACAGGAAGUGGAUACAUCGUGAUAGCUCUGAAAAGGAUAGGUUAGUACUGAAUUUGGAUAUAACUCUAGGAGAUCCCUUUCAGGCAACAUUGGCAAAGGACCCAGAAACAAGAGAGAUUGUCCCUAUGGAUCUUAUAAGACCACGAGAUACAUACCAAUUUUUUGUGGAGCAACAUGGUUUGAAAGUUUUUAAAACACUGGAUACGGCAGUUUUUUCUACUGGAAAAUUGGUUUUAGGACCCCAUGAAGAAAAAGGAAAGCAACAUGUUGGCCAAGAUAUAUUGGUUUUUUAUGUUAACUUUGGUGACCUUUUAUGUACCUUACAUGAAACACCGUAUAUGAUAACUACUGGUGAUUCGUUCUAUGUUCCUUCAGGUAAUCAUUACAACAUUAAAAACCUCUUGAAUGUGGAAAGUUGUCUUCUUUUUACUCAAAUAAAGAGAUGAAAUAUGUGUAUGUGUAUAAAAUAGGUUGUUUAUUGUAAAUUUUUGUAACUAUGAUUAUGUUAAAAUAAAACAUUUAUUUAGUUUUGAGUAAACUUGAAUUAGAUAAUCAUUUCAUACUCCUGGUUAAACAUUUCAUCAUCUUGCUUGAAUGUGCAUACUACCUUUAGUGAUUGCCAUUUUGCUGGUAUUGUUUUAAUAAUAUUGAAAAAAACAAAAUCACUGUUCCCACAAUAUAAAACACAUCUGCUAUAAAAGAGAUAAUUAAUAUGUUUACUCCUUUACAAUAGUUGGUUCCAAAUACAAAUAUUAAAUCAUUGGUCAUUAAAUAAUCUAAUAGAAAGCUGUUGUAAAUGUGAUGAAUUAAUUUCCAUGGGCUGCUGUAACAAAGUGAUUUAAAACAAUGGAAAUUGGGUUUAUGUAUUUUUUUGCCUCAGUUUUUUGAGGCUUGAAGUGUGAAUGAAUUCAAGGUGUCAUCAGGGCAAUGCUCACUUCUGUAAAAGGGAUUCAUUUCUUCUUUCUACUAUCUGAUUUGGUUCCUGUUUUUGGCUUUCCUUGUCUUGUACCUUAAACACUUCAGUUUUUACCUCUUAUCAUAUGUCUUAAUUGCUUUAAUAUUGCUGUGAUAAGACACCAUGACAAAUACAACUUAUAUAAGAAGGUGUUCAUUUGGGGCUUACAAGAUGAGCUUACAUCUAGAUCCAUAAGCAUAAGGGAACGUGAGCUGAAAAUACCAUGUGCUUUUAAAACCACCGGGCCAGCUCCCAAUAACACACCUUCUCCAACAAGGCCACGCCUCCUAAUCCAUCCCAAACAGCCACCAGCUAUUCAGAUUAUUUUUGCACUUAGCAUGAGGCUCAGUAAAUACUGACUAAUUUCUUGGGGCAGUGGGUAAUGGCCCAGUGUGCCUGCAUGGUGGUAAACACACAUCUCACCAGCAUGAGCUCGGGAAUUGUCUGGGCCCAGAUUGUUUCUUUUAACACUCUGAUUGAAUCAAGUUAUUUACUUACAAGUUUGGCUUUCUCCUUUUGCAAUCCUGGAGUAGCUUUUGCUUAUGUAUCCAUCUUGUGGAAAUAGGAGAUGAGAAGUGGAAGUCUGAGAAAUAAGUGCUUUGAAGGUAAGAACCUGUUGCUGAGGACUUCACACAUUUCAGACACAAGACUUAGAGGAAUGAAGCUGGACCUGAUGUAGAAGCCUUGCCUGAAGACUAGUUCUCAUAAUACCAAGAGAAGCUAUGCAAGCUGCCAAGAUAGAAUUGUAUUCAGUAGUCCUACCUAGCUGUAAAGCCUACAAAUCACAACCAUAACCAGGAUGGCAUGGUACUUCUUCAGUUGUGGCACUUGUAUCCUGAGGAUUCCCAACAGCCAAUUAAUUCAUGACUGAAACAGUAAACCUAGCCCAUUAUCUAUGUUUGGUGAGGUCAAGGACCCUAGAGGAGAAACUACUACAACCACCUUUCCUAGACUAGGAUAAUUUCUGUAUUCUAAAUACUUAUACUCACAGGUAAGUGUAGCUUUCAUCCCUUGUCAAAUUUCUUUUUGUAGCCAAUGAAGACUAUUAUAGAAAUCAACUAACUUCAAAAUGCAGAAAACAACUGACUGUGUGGUGCUUGAUCCAAAUUAAUAGGUCUGCAGCACAAGCCCUACUUCAUGGAACAUUAAGGAAGAGCAAGAGCAUAUACUGUAGGAGCCAGAGGUUCAUGAUGUAUGCCUGCUUCAAGAUAGUGCCUUCCAUAUGUGGGGCCUUCUAUAUACAGGGAAGCUGCAGCCAUGAAGUUUUGACAUUGUGGUUGCUAAUAAAGGCAUGUGCCACCAUACCUGCUUUUGUGUAGUGCUAGGGAAUUGUUCUGGAUAAAAAUCAUCUGAGAGGAGGUGUGGUGGUUUGAAAAAGGUAUGGUCCCCAUAGACUCAUAUGUUUGAAGGCUUGGCCCAUAGGGAGUGGCACUAUUAGGUGUGGUCUUUUUAGAGUAGGUGUGGCCUUGUUGAAGGAAGUGCAUCAUUGUGAAGUUGGGCUUUGAGGUCUCAUAUAUGCUUAAGCCAUGCCCGGUGUCUCAGACCACUUCCUGUUGCCUGUGGGUCAAGGUGUAAGAACUCCCAGCUCCUCGAGCUCCAUAUCUGCCUGCAUGCUCCCUUGCUUCCCACCAUGACAAUAGACUAAACCUCUGAACUGUAAGCCAGCUACCCCAAUUAAAUGUUUUCUUUCAUAAGAGUUUUCUUGGUCAUGGUGUCUUUUUACAGCAAUAGAAACCCUAACUAAGACAGGAGGGGACCUCAAUGAAGAAAAUGCCUCCAUAAGAUGGGGCUGUAUUCAAGCCUGUAGGUAUUUUCUUAAUUAGUGAUUGAUGAGGGAGGGCACAAACCAUUGUGGAUGGUGUUAUCCCGGGUGGUGGUCCUAGGUUCUUUAAGAAUGGAACAAACUGGUAAGUGGUAUACAUCCAUGGCUUCUGUAUCAGCUCCUGCCUUCCCAGGUUCCUGUCCUCACUGCUUUUGAUGAUGAACUGUUACAUGGAACUGUGAGCAAAAUAAAGCCUUUGUUCCUUAAGUUGCUUUUGGUCAUGGUGUUUCAUCACAGCAAUAGCAACCCUAACCCUUAGACAAGCUGGGGUAUUUCUGUGACAGAACUGACCAUGUUUUGGAGAGGAUUGUGGAAGGACUUUGGAACUUUGGGCAGUGGACUAUAGCCAGCUGGAGCCUAGAAGAUAAGCUGUGUGUGCUGCAGAGGGCAGAACUGGAGAAUUGACCCAAGGUCCUUGGAGCAGCCCAGAAGAUUGUUAGUGAAUCCCAGAUAAUUGGACAUUGAGUUAUUUAGACUGUUGGAGUUUGGUCUUGGUUAAAAUUGUGACUGUGCCCUGGUUCUUCCCUCUUGAAGAAAGUAUUUAACUUAAUUUUGAUUUUUUACAGGAACCCACAGCUGAAAGAUUUUGAACUUUUAAAACAGAUUUUAGAAUUUUAAAGAGAUUGGAUAUUUUAAAGAGACUGAACUUUUAAUGUGUUUGAAUUUUUAUUGACUACGAAACUUUUAAAGUUAUUUAUAUAUUUAAUGUGAGUUCUUGGGGACGAAUGAAAAAGGAAAGGUUGUGGGUUUAUAGUGAUGUGUUUAUGUGUCAAACGGACAAAUGCUGGAUAGUUUUAUGUCAGCUUGACAUAAGCAAAAGUCAUCUGAGAAGAGGGAACCUCAAUGAAGAAAGUGCCUCCAUAAGAUGGGGCUGCAGGCAAGCCUGUAGGGCAUUUACUUAAUUAGUGAUUGAUGGGGAAGGGUCCAGCCCACUGUGGGUGGGGCCAUCCCUGGGCAGGUAGUCCUGGGUUAUGUAAGAAAGCAGAUUGAGCAAGCCAGUAGGCAGCACUCCUCUUAUGGCCUCUGCAUCAACUCCUGUCUCUAGCUUACUGCCAUGCAUGAGGUCCCACCCUCGCUGCUUUUGUUGAUAAACUGUUAUAUGUAACUGUGAGCAAAAUAAAGCCUUUCCUUUCCAAGUU